GUGUGAUUUAUUCCAAUUCAUUUGGCUGUGGCAAAAUCAAACAGGUUUUUGGCCCAAAAUGGCAAAGAAAGUGCUGAUUGUGUAUGCUCACCAGAGCUCUGGAUCAUUCAAUGCUGCAGCUAAAAAUAUUGCAGUGGAGGUUCUGACUGCUCAGGGCUGCACAGUGGAAGUCUCUGACCUGUAUGCCAUGGGUUUUAAAGCCACUGCUACAGCUGAGGACAUUAAAGGAGACUUGAAGGAUGCUGAGAACUUCUGUUAUCUUGAUGAAUCCAAACUUGCAUGGGAGCAGGGAAGACUUUCAGAUGAYGUCACAAAAGAGCAAUCUAAGCUCACUGAGGCAGACUUGGUCAUCUUUCAGUUCCCCAUGUACUGGUUCAGUGUUCCUGGCAUCCUGAAGGGCUGGUUUGAUCGGGUGCUCACCAAUGGCUUUGCCUUUUUACAAGAGAAACCCUACGGCCUGGAAACUUUCAAGGACAAGAAAGCCAUGCUGUCCUUCACCACUGGGUCUCCAGAAUCCAUGUUUUGUACAAUUGGUAUUAAUGGAGACAUAAAUGUCACACUGUGGCCACUGCAGAACGGCAUCCUGCACUACUGUGGCUUCCAGCUUCUGGCCCCUGAGGUUUUCUGGGCUCCGGCUCUUGCUGCUGCUGGAGAUCGUAAGAACAUGCUGGAGAGCUGGCGCACACGACUGCAAGGUCUGCUGGAGGAGGAGCCCCUGUCCUUCACUCCCUUGGACUGUUUUGAUAAGGAGACUUUCCAGAUGAAACAUGAACAUGUCAGUGAAGAGUUUGGUCUGUCUGUGGGCAUCCACCUGAGCAAGCCACAGCUGUCUCGGAGCCAGAUGAAAGAUUGAUGCUAAGAUGUUGCCAUUGUAUGAUCACUAAAAACUGGUUUAUUCUGAAGAUGAGAGGUUUUCAUGACUUUACUUCAAUUUGCACUUUUUCAUAGACUAAAUGUGAACCAAACCUGUUAAAAUUAAAUGAAUGAUUAAAAAAAAAUACUAACCUACAGGUGAUUUMAUUCUGGCAGUGACUGCUGAGUUUGAUAUGUGCUGAGAUUUCUCCCAGCUGCAAUGUUGGCAUAUUCUCUGUUGGGGGGGAAUUAAAAAGCUUGUCGGUGAAACUUAAGUGAUAAAUGCAUUUUCAAUUGUACUGCAACAGAAUAAACUGCUUGUGUAGGAUAAGUGGAUAUUUAAACUUUUUCCUGCAGAGUAUCCUUCAAGCAAUUUAAGGACUUG